AGGGAACCAGAGAAGGAAGAGCCGUCCGAGUUGACAGCGCCUGUCAGAUUUUGCUGCAAGUGGCAGCAAAGCCAUGUAAGCAGAAACUUCCGAUCUCUCCGAUUGGUAUGAGGAUUGCUUCCUGAAUAAUAUCUUGGUUUAGCCUAUAGUCCCGAUUCGCCCACCACUGUCAGUAUGCAGCUCCUGGGCCAGCUUGCAGCUCCUCUAGUCCUAGGACUUGUCUGCCUGUCCUUCACCACAGCCCGCCCACAUGGAAAAAAAUACAGACAUCAUGUGAAGUCACGAGACCAUCUAGAGGAUGAUUGGUACAAACCUGAUCAUUCCAAGUCUCCUUAUAAAAAAGAACCCUGGAAACCUUCUCAGUGGAUGUCGUGGGAUCCUGUCAAAGAGGACUCGGACAAAUAUCACAAAUCCCAUGACUAUAAGGGCAAGUUUGAUGUACCUGAUGUUAAAGAUGCUGAAGCCAAGGAAGAUUGGAAAUCCGAGCUAGAUCCAAUAGAUAAGGCUCCAAGCUACCACACCAAGGGUUUGGAGGAAAACUUUGAUAAAGGUGAAGAGUAUACGAGUCCAGACAAGGUUGCAUCCCCUGACAGUAAAGAAAAUCAUAAAGAUCCAUUUUAUGAAGAACACUUUAAAAAACCCUCUUCCCUAGUGAAAAAACCUCCUCCUCCACCCACUGUAGAGGAGACUAAAAAAGACUCAAAGACAUAUCACUGGGAUACGGAAAAACCCUCACAAAGCGAUUUUACCAGUGAAGACAAAAAGAAAAUCUUUGAUAAAUCUGAGAUGAAAGACGAUGGGAAGAAGUUUGACUCUUGGCCAAUUGGUGAUGAUACGGACAAACUUCCACAACCCACUACAGCAGCAACCAAACUACACCCUCUUAAACUAAGCAAACCUUUAGUGAAAUGCAAGUCGGAGUUGGAUUGUCCUAUGAGCCGUGUGUGUAAGGAUGGUUACUGUCACUGUGCAGAGAAGACGUAUUGUGCUGGUCACUCCAGCCCUGUGUGCGGGUCCGAUGGCAUCCUCUACCCUAGUCACUGUGAACUUCACCGAACAGCAUGCCUUAAAACCAUCCACAUUAAAAUUGACCAUAAGGGACUCUGCUUCGAAAAAGAAAAAGGCACUGAGACUGUGGGAUACCUACCAGUUGGAACAAGUGAUCAGAAGUCAAAAGACAGCUAUGACAAAAAGAUUGACACAGAAAAGUUCAAAGACACUAAAGAGGUCAAGGAUACUAAGGAAGUCAAGGAUACUAAAGAUGUCAAGGAUACUAAACAGUUCAAGGAUUCUAAAGAUGUCAAGGACAUUUGGUUUAAGGACGUUAAAGAUUUUAAAGAUGAGAAGGACUUUGUCUCCAAAGAGUCCAAAGAAGAAUCUUCAGAAGAGGAAAAGGGGAAAAAAGAAAAGUUUGAAGAAAAGGAGGAAAAAGCAUUUGAUGAAGCGGACAGAAAGUUUCAGAAGGGGGAUAAGGAAGCUGAAAGUACUGAAGAUAAGCAAGUGUUUGAUAAGGCUAUUGAGUUUGAUGACAGUAAAGAGUACUACGAUGAUUACGAAGAUUCAGAAUAUCGCAAUGUGAAGACCAUUGGCGAUGUCAAAGAUAAGCUGGAGAAGGAUGAUAAAGCUCAACCACCUACCAUCUGCUCGGAUGAUGAAUACAAGAAAUUCAAAGAGGAACUCCUUAAAUAUCACUGUGCAAAGUUUGAAGAGCCAGACUGUGAGUCAGAGGUCCUAGAAAAGAGGAAGUUCCUAGCCUCGCUCAUGUUCAGUUAUUACGACCGGGAUUUUGAUGAUUACCUGCAGAAGGAAGACCUUGAGCAGAUCGAAAUGAAUGAACAUUAUGAAAAAUUGUCAGCUUCCUGUAUCCUUAUGGAUAUCAUGAGAUUUGAGGAUGCCGCUAAAGACGGGAAGCUGUCCAUCGAUGAAUUCUUUGAGGCAUUCAGUCUUGACAAGAGUGUACUGGAUGAGCGGGUGAAAACGCUAACUAUUCUGGCCACAGUGGGCCACGGGCUAGAACUGACCUGUGGUAUUAUAGGGGUUAAGGAUGUCAUCUGGAAGAGACAUGGUGUGGAUGUCAAUGCCCUUCAUAUGGACGAUAUCAGUGCGUUUGAAGACGGCACCCUAUAUAUCUCUCAUGUGGCUGUACAUCACAUGGGCAAUUUCUCCUGUCAUGACCGCAAUAACCCGGAUGUGGUGCAGUCCCAUAUGAUCAAAGUUCAGAUGUCCCCACAGGUGAAGGUCAUGCCCGGAAGCCAGCUCCACCGCUCUCACACAGAUGUGACCCUUAAGUGUCAUGCAGAAGGUGUGCCCACUCCAGAAGUCACAUGGGAAAUCAACGAAGUUCAGAUUCCAAAAGAUCACAAACACUUUGAAAGACUAAAUAACAAUCGCACCCUUGUCAUCCACAACACAGACUACCAGACGGAUACAGGGGCGUACAAGUGCCGUGCAUCCAACAUGGCUGGUGUGGCGCAGGACAUUGCCACCGUGUUCAUACAGAACUACAACAGCACGCAUCUCAAUCCAGAAACAAAGAGCGCUGACAACAUGUUUAUCGUGUUCCACAACAAAGGAUAUGAUAUUUACGAACCGCAGCAUUGCCUUGUCCGUCAUGAAGUCAGCGGAGACUUUACCCAUAUGCAGUACUUCCCCGAGAUGAUGGAUGGUGUCCAGUCCCUAUGUGGUGACAGGGACUGUGACUGGGGUACUGCCAUUAAUGUAGCCAAUAAGUUUGUGUACGCCAGUCAGCCUGCUAUGAACAGGGUUGUCAUCAUUGAUGUUACAAAGCAGUGGAAUCCAGUACAGCUGGUGGACACAGAUAAGGAGCCUGUGCGUCUGCACUAUGUGCCCCAUCUGGACCAGGUGUGGGUACUCUGCUGGAAUGGGGGACGGGACAGUGGCUCUAAAACCAUGGUGGUCAUCCGGGAUGCCAGCAAGCCCCAGAGACAUCAGAUUGUACACACACAGCCUGUGGGCAACAGGUUUGAUCUGGUCCAGGACAUGUUCCUACCACCAGCUAAUGACUUACAGCAUCAUUUUGAAUUUGGCUAUGUGGUCCACACUGGACAGAGAGGCCUGUACAAACUAGAGCUGGAAGAGAUGAAAUAUAUCAAAGCCAUUGACUUCAACAAACACAACUGUCACCCCAAAGCUGUUGUCUUCGUACCAUUAGGUGGUAUGAUCGUAAUCCAGUGCCAGGCGGAGACCAUUGAUUCCACCCAUCACUUCCAGGUGGUUGUUGAUUACCUGUCUGAUAUAGUGCUACACAAUUCCAGCCUGAGAGGGGUGCCCCACGUCUCACCAGAUUCCCGACACCUGGUCACCGUGGACAGUAUAACAGGGGAGGUAGAUGUGCAGUCCGUCACUGAUGAGGGUGUGCUGAAGAAAGAAUACUCAGUGAGCACUGGUUCUCCCAUCAGUGAGGUGGCCUUCCAUCCAUCUGACACCCACAAAGGUUAUAACCUCUACCUGAGCUCCAGGACUAAGGGAGUAGUGUACUUCAUGGACCUGGCCACAGGAAAGCUCAUGAAUGUGGAAGGUAUUGAGGAGCGUGUGCAGGACUCAUGGCUAUGGGACGGUAUGAACCACGCCCUCGUGGGCAGUGGUCUGUUUGGUGAUUAUUUGCUGACCACUACUGAUUCCUCAGCCAUCAUCAUCAACGGCAGGCUGCAGAAAGUCGAGUGUGAAUUCCGUGAUCUCAAAAACAGCCACGUGGUUGUCUGGGUACAACCUGAAACCUUAUAAGACUUUGACACACCUUUUGUUAACGCCAGCCGCGCUGUUUUCUCAUCAAAGCUUGGUAUUUAUCAGCUUUAAGAUAUCUCAAAUAACUGAUAUUGAAACCAUUGGUUGUAUUGCCAAGUAUGCAUCUCAACAGCUGGCUACAGCCUGUGUACUGCAAAUUCAUAAUGUUAUGUAAUACAAACAUCACUGGCUUGAAGAUUGACUAAUUUUCUCAUGAUGGUCGGUACUGCCAUAAUACAUAUAGUUCACAAGGGAAAGUUCAUGGUGGUGAUACCAGUUGUCAAUGUUCUAUCAUCUAAAACUUUUGAAGUACACUUACCUCUGUGUCAAUCUGUUCAUUUUAAGUUUUGUUCUGCUUUAGAAAGGGAGAAAAGUGGAAGCAAACACUGCUAUGAUAGCGAAGACCAACCAAGCUAUAAUGUCGUAAUCGUUCACAAAUCUGUAAAUGAACUGCACAAUAUGUCAGUUUCAGAGAACACACAAAAUGUAUACUGUGUGUUGAUAGUUGUUACCAGAAUGUAUGGGACAUAUAGGCCAGUUUUCUGGCCAUUUAAUAUACACCAGCAUUCCCUCAUUUAGUAGUACCUGGCUAGCUUCAUACUUAUUGUUCAAGGUCUCCUGUAAAGGCAUGUAUUUCACUCCCGAUUUCUAUGCCCUAGUGUGUCAUGUAACACAUACAAUAUGCCAGUCUCUUCAUUCUCUACCCCAUGUAUCAUUUAAUACAUUCAGCCAAAGCUUAUUUUCACAUGCUUUGGCAUUUUUGGCAAUACUUGAGAGUCAUGUAUCCUGAUUGCCUUGUAUUUUUACUGUAUAUUUUGACCUAUAGAUUUGAUCUGGUGUAUUAUGGAUAAUAUAGUCUCAUUUGCAUAGUGUGUAGUGUGAAAAGAUCCAAGGCAUAUCUUGCUGUCUGUGGUUAAAAUGCCGUGAAAAAGCAUUGACAAGUCAUUGCAAUUACAAAUAGCAUUCAUGGUUAUUGUUUUGGGUUUGUUUUUUUGUAUUGUUAUUUAUUUUUAACUGAUAGUAUUCAGUUAUUUAGUGUUAAUUCUUGUUGGUUAUUAUUGCAACAGAAAUACAAAAAUUUCACGUUCUGAAAGUCUUUUUCCACCCAUUUGACAUGCCAUUUUGCCCUGGCAUUAGAUGUUGUAAAAGUGUAGUUGUACAUUUUUAUUUGAAAAGAAUCACUUGCUAAUCAUUAGAUAUUUUCUGCUGCUUAAGUGACAUGUUAGACUUGCACUCCAUCUCUGUAUCUCUUCACUAUUGGCUGUUUAAUACAGCACAUUGGGAAUGAAACAGUGGAUCAUUGAAAUCCUGUAUGUACAUGUACGAUGUUUUAUGUGAGAUAGAAGUUAUGUGACUGGGGAUUCUGUUACUGGCUUCACCCAGGGCUGUCUGUGACUGGGAAUUCCGUUACUGGCUUCACCCAGGGCUGACUGGGGAUUCUGUUACUGGCUUCACCCAGGGCUGUCUGUGACUGGGAAUUCCGUUACUGGCUUCACCCAGGGCUGUCUGUGACUGGGGAUUCUGCUACUGGCUUCACCCAGUGCUGUUCGUGACUGGGAAUUAUGUUACUGGCUUCACCCAGGGCUGACUGGGGAUUCUGUUACUGGCUUCACCCAGGGCUGUGUUUGACUGGGGUUUCUGUUACUGACUUCACCCACGGCUGUUUUUGACUGGAGAUUCUGUACCUGGCUUCAUCCAGGUCUGCUAAAAUACAGCCUCAAAAUGGAUAGAUGUUUGGUAGGAAGUGCGGCAGAGUAAACCAGACUAGACAUUCUCUUAAGUUGAGAACCCUCCUCCAAAACCACCGUAGACUACUAUGAUUGUUACUACAAGCACAGUGGUAACUUACAUGUAGAUCUUCAACAUGUCUACAAUCAAACUAGUCUAUGGUAUCUUUGUGGAAUAGGGAUUUAUAGAUCCAAAAGAGUGCUGUGACCCUCUAAAUCACAGGGCAGUGCAGAUAUUUUACUUACUAUGUUCUGUAACUGAUAUUUUAAUGUCUGUCCUUCAACUUGUUUGUGUCUUCGUGGUACCCGGAGUAGUUUUUAUUUCUCUUGCUCACGAUUAAAUAAUGUGGAACUGUUUUUGCCAAAUUUGUAUUUUUGACUAUUUUCAACAAAGGAAAAAAAACUUUAAAAAAAAGAAAAAAAAUCAAAGAGAAAGGUGGUUGAUUUAAGGUAAAGACUGUUGUGUAUAUAUGUAGGCAUCAGUGUGUGUGCGCGCGAAGGCUGUUGCUAAGACAGUGGUGAUGGCUUUGAAUAACGUGAAUUCAGUUGUGUACGCUCAAACAGUGACGAUAUUUUGAUCUGUGCAUUGAUUGAUAUUCAGUACAUGGAAAUGUACAUUGUGAAAGAUAUCAUGCUUUGGUAGACAAAAAAGUACAUGCCUAUACGUUAAUAGCGAACAAAUUUGGAAUCCUGUCAGUGUGCUGAUAAUUAAGAAAUGGCAUAAUUAGAAGAUUGCUUAAAUGAGAUGUAAUCAUUAUUGUUAAAAUAAAUUAAUCUGUUGAUUGACUCUCUUUCGUAACCUCUGGUACAUGUGCAUUUUAUGACUGAAGCUGUAUAUAGUUUGGAAUCAAAUCUGCUGUUGUUGUUGUGGGCUAUAUUUGUAUGCCAUGUAUAUUUGGCUCCAGAUUUGCACUGUGGCCUGAUAAAAAAUACAGCUUUUAGCACUGUUUUGUGUCCUUCAUAGUUGGUGUGAUUGUAGCCACAAGAAACCAUUUUUGUAUUAUUGUACUAGUGUCUGUUUCAUUAGAUUUGUUGUCGUUUAUAAUUUAUUUGUAGAAUCCUUCAAUUUCUGGGAGCAAAAACCUGUUACAUAUACUUGAGUGUAAAGACUAUGAAUGUUGACUGCCAUUACGGAUAAGUUUGACAUUAAAUUUUGGUUAUCUGGGAGUUUUCGGGUUAUGGGAUGGAUUGUUAAGGUAUCUAGAUGGGCUGUUAAGCUGUGUGCAUCCACUGUUCCAGUUUUCAAAUGUUGCUUGGUGCACAGAUUUUUUUCCAGAAAUUGAGGGCAAUCACUCUGCCGUGUCACCGCGUAACUGUGUGCCUUCUCCAGGGGACAUAACCUAUCCACCCUGGAUGGUGUUUUUACUUGUGGUGACAUCCCUUGUUAUUUAUCUCUCAGCAUCUUGGUGCUGCUUUUUGUUUUUGAAUUUUUGUGAAUUUUUAAAUUGUAUAAUUUAUUUCCAUCCAGCACAGCCUUUUGUGAUUAAAACUGUUCAUAAUGCUAUGGUAGGUGUUGAUGUCAAUUCUGCCAUUUACACAGUGUGUAGUGCUUGUCAAUAAAGUGGUCGAACACACA